ACUCCCUACUUUUUCUCUUAGUGUCCAAAGGAUAUAUCCACAGACAUGUUUGCCCGUCUUUGUAGGUGCUUUGGGAGAGUUGAUGUUGAUAGAGAAGAGUCUAGAGUGAAGCAAACGAAACCUAAAGGUAAUGAUGGACACAGGACAUGGGGAAUGUGGAAGGCCUGCAGACAGACGUCAUCCCCUGAAAAUGUCCUAAACAAGGUGCAGGCCAACGAGGAAGAGGAGAGGCUGAAUAGAGAACUGGAGCUAACUACCAAGGAGAGAAAUGAGCUGACAGAUCGCCUCCUUUAUGUGACAGGUGGAUCCAUGAGCAAGAGGUAUGCAUUGCUCCAAACAAACGACCUUGUUCUAAACCUCAUCUCCCAUAGAGAGGAGAUUCAGAACCUGACCCUUACUGAGGAGUGAGUUUGAAAAUAGACUCUCUGAUUCCGCCUGUUGAAAAUCUGAACUUGCGAUCUGAGUGAAGAUUUCAGGGAUAAAGUCACUGGAGCAUGAGUUCCCAGUGUACAAUUGGAAAGCCCUUGACAGGUGGUAGCUUUGCAAGGUUCUAGGUGCUGUGAGUUUGUGGAGAGUGUUUGUACUUGCUAGGAAGGUGACUGAAUGCUAUCAUCUCAUGGCAGCACCCUUAGGUGACAGGUCCCACAUUGUUCAUAUCAAUGCUUAACUAGAAGUUCUGAGGCUCUGGCCUGGUCCUUCUUGUCUGUGGGCCUUACACUCUGAGACAGUAAUGGUGCAUACAUUUCUACUGAUUCUCAUUGUGCUCUUUCCAUAUUUGUCUCUCUUUCUCAUUCUCUGAGUCUGUUUACUUUUCUUUUCUUGUGGGUGUGUCCCAGUUUGUGUGUCUGUGUGUGCACAGGUCUGCAUGCAUAUGCACAACUUUUAUAUGUUUCUCUAUCCCUCCCCCCUUGGAAUUUAGGGGUCUGUUUUUUGACCUCAGGAUUUACCCGUAUAAUAGUUUCAUGGAGGUGUAAGUGCUUUAUUUUGGAAGCCCCACUUUCAACAGCACAGUUCUUUGCCUGUGUGGUCACAUUUGUCUAUACAUUUGUAUGCCUUGGGCAGAUUAUAAGUUUGUGGCAAUAUCUGGUCUCAUCUCCAGAAUUAUGUGUACUGUCUGCCUCUAGAAUAUUAGUUAAUCGGCUUGUAGCAUUCCACUUGUCAAAACAGGAAAAAUGAAAUCAGAGGUUUCUGAAUGUGCAUGCGUGUGUGUGUGCGUGUGUGUGUGUGUGUGUGUGUGUGUGUGUGUGUGUGUGUGUGUGGUUGGAUAAGCUCUGUGGCCAAGGCUCUUGACAGCAUAACAGGUUUGAAUGCAGAUCCAGCCCUCCUGAUUGAAAAAAGUGAGCCAGGGAACCCUUUAUCUGGGUGCUUAGCUUCUGUUGUCCUGGGCACACAAUUCCAAGUUUCUGAAGCUGAAGAAGAUCCAAAUAUGUAGAAUUCAGAAAGUGUCCUUCGAGGGCUGGAGUAGUAAAGGACACAGCCUGAGUUCAUAUAAUCCUAAACCUCGAUGUUCAUUGGGUUCUAUCUUCCUGGGGCCAGCCCCUACUUCAGGCCAAAUCCAUUUUAUGAAAACUUGAAGAUAAAGUAGAAAGAGGUCAUGUCAUUACUGCACAACUUAGACACAAAGAACAUUGAACAUCGUGAGAAAUUUCAGGAGCUAAAGAAGGAGAUUAACUUCUAUCGGUAAGUACUGGUCAGAAGGGCCCAUCACUUGUGGAAUGGCCAUGUCUGCCUCUCCUUGUUCUGGACCGGAGGGUCUGCAGCUCUGGGCCCAUCUCUUCUGCUGUUUAAAUAUCACUGUGCCGUGGGUCUUUUGGACUCAGUUUCAGUUCCAUAAGAGACUGUGACUUCUCACCACAGUGUCUAUGCAUCUUUAGAAGGCUCUGGAUAGAACUACACUGAUUCAGGCAUCAGAGUGUUAUUAGGCCAACCUGCGGCUCUGGGGUCAUACCAGGUUUAACAAAGCUCAAUGUGUGGACCACAUGGUUUGCAUGACCUCCCUUGGUUCUACUGUCCUCUUGUGGUUAUUUGCCGCCUACUAAUUGAUGUUGCCCAGAUGCAUUGGGCUUUCAUGGAUAGUUGUAGAUCCCUUGUUCUUUUGGACAGACAUGGACUCUUAUUCGUGCUUGGGUCACAGAAACAAUUUAUUCUUCCAUGGAUUGGCCGUUUGCUGUUUGUGCAGCAGCCUUACAUGUAUGGAGAUGUAUUCUAUGAAGUCUUUAUGGGUAUCUGGGUCCUGGUGGAGUUUGUGGGAUUUGGCAGUUGGAAUGGGAGGAAGAGGCUUCAGGAUCUUACUAUGCAGAGUGUGUUUCCAGCAACCUGCACAGCCGGCUCCUGAUGGACCAGGCAUGUAUGAAGAAGAAGUUGGUCACAUUGAAGCAGGAGAGCAAGGAGUUACAGCGAUAUUUGUUUGAGUUGAACCCGAAUGAUGAAGACGAACAGGAGAAGACCAGCAACCUCCAGA